AGUUUAGACUAUGGCAUCUACUAAGCAGAUUUUGAAGAUUUUGCUCGUCCUUUCCUACCUUUUAGUGUUGGUGGGAUCCCAAAGCUCAGCUUGUGUUUCACGUCGAUGUCUGGCUAAUGAAUUCAUUAAAAAGGAUCUGUACAGUCCUCCACAGCCUCCAGGGUGCGCUAUCACUGUGAACCUCACCUCCAUCCAGUACCAGACCCUCUCUGUCGAUACUAAAACUUUGCGUUUCUCAAGUCGCUUAAAAAUCACUAUGCAAUGGAAAGAUCCAGACCUGGCAUGGACAGAGUCACAGUACAGGUUUAAAGAUCUCAUAAUGCCGUCCAGUAAAAUGUGGACGCCUCAUCUGACUGUGGACAAUGCAGUUUACACAGAUGUAAAGCCAGUUUCUAAGGAUAUACUGGUGAAAAACGAUGGCACUGUGUCGUAUUCUGUUAUUAUGUAUAUCACAGUGAUGUGUGGGAUCAACCUCUUCACCUACCCGUUUGUUUCUGAAUCAUGCCCUGUGGCCCUCAACGGAUGGAAUCAAUCCUCUUGUGGUCUGACUCUGCUGUACGGGCGGAUACUUAUAGUGGGAGGAGAUCGAGGAGAAUGGAAAACGUUAUCGGUGAAUCUUCACGGGAAAGGCCGGAACUACUUAAAUGUGUUUCUGUCUUUAAACCCGUUUAACGCCGUGGUGGCGCUGGUUCUGCCCGCGGCGCUGAUCAUGAUCGUGGACCUGGUGAGCUUCGCUCUGCCGCUGGAUGGAGGAGAACGAAACUCCUUUAAGAUAAAGCUGGUGUUCAGCUUCACCAUGUUCCUCAUGAUGCUCUGCAAACAGGUGCCCGUCUCCGGACGCUGCAGCCCUCUCAUCUAUUUUCACUACUGCUUCUGCCUGAUUGUGCUGGUGGUGAGUGUGCUGAUAUCUAUGAUACUGACCCGGCUGUGUAAAACCGGCACCGCCUAUCCCAGCUGUCCGAACCUAUCCAAGAUCCGAAGACUGCGUGAAUUAUUCAGCUUUAAAGCUCGACGGAAUGAGAAGAGUCCUGAGAAAAUGGCAGGUAUUGAUCUCACUGAUGGAUUAAAAACAUCUGAAAAGCUGGCAGCAAAGCCGGCCGCCAUCCAGAGCGCCUGCAGGUUUGUGGAGAACAUGGAUAAAGACGUGCGGGAGAAAGAGACGAGGCUGCGCUACGCUAAAUCCUGGGACAGAAUCUGUUUCUUUACUUAUCUGAGCCUGGACAUUAUUUACGGUAUUGCUAUAACCGUUUUCAGCACAAUAGACUUUUGUACAAUUAAUAACGUACAGUUUUAAGAUGAUAAUAAUAAGAAGGUGCUUCAUUUUAUUUUAGCAUUUUGCUUCAUCAUUUUUUGCAUUUGCCAAACAAGAGCUGUUCAUAAUCUGAAAUCAUGCUGCAGGUUAAGCGUGAAAUUUUACAUAUUUUACGUAUCAAAGGCCAAUGUAAAGUACACACAAGCAACUGAAAUGUUAAAUGUCUAUUGUCUGUAUUUUUUUAUUAUAUUUUAUUGUUAAACUAGUUUUUAAAUGUUUUUUUUUUUGGCUUUUACUGUGUUUUUCCACAUCUAUUAAUUUUUCUUAUGUAUUUUCCCCUUUAUCCCUGUUUAUGUAAAGCAUUUUAAAUUUGCCACUGUGUCAGAAAGGUGCUAUACAAAU